AUGGCUGGCCACAAGCUUGCUCAUGUCACUUUGAAAGGACUAAAUUUGGUAAAGGAGAUUAUCUUAGGGUCUACCCUUGGGUUGCUUGCAGGAGGGCUAUGGAAAAUGCAUCACUGGAAUGAGCAGAGGAGAUCAAGAGCAUUUUUUGACAUGCUAGAGAAAGGUGGGGUUGGUAUUGUUGCUGAAGAAUAG